AUGGUGAGUGAUAAGAUCAUAGUGAGCCACUGGGUGAAUCGAGCAUUGGACAUGGGAGUUCCGAAACUUAUUGAGGAAUUUCGAUGUAAUCUGUCAAGAUGGUAUCCAGAGGGAAUGACAACAAACGCUUUUUCAGCGAAUCGAGACAAAAACCGAUAUCUUGAUGUUCCGUGUCAAGAUCAACGUCGUGUCGUAGUAAAUUGGCCAGGUUUGCCCAACGACUACAUUCAUGCGAACUAUGUUGCGAAUCCCACAAGAGAUAAUCGCUUCAUAUGCGCUCAGGGACCACUUGACAACACGCAAUUGGCAUUUUGGGCGAUGGUUAUUCAAGAAGAAGCUGAAUGCAUCAUCAUGCUCUGUAACAUCAUCGAAUGUGGGAAGUUCAAAUGUUCUCAGUAUUGGCCACGCGAAAAGGGCGAGUCCAUGUCAGUUGGAGAGGGAGAAGGGAAAAUAAGAAUAACAAAUCUUGAUGUGCAUCCGUUGUCGGAAGCAAAUAGUUUUGUGCGUGUGUCCCGUCUGAAAUUAGACUAUGUAAAGAAUGGGAAAGAAAGCAGCACUAUGAUAACACAUUAUCAAUGGGAAAAUUGGCCUGAUCGAGGAGUGCCUUCAACAAAUCUCACAGCUACGGAACUUCUUUCUGCGGUACGUGGCACGACAAAACCAAUCAUAAUCCAUUGCUCGGCAGGAAUCGGACGAACCGGAACGAUAGCGGCAAUCGCAUAUGUACAGGAGAAAAUGCAACACGGUCAAAACUGUAUGGAUAUGGAUGCCUUAACGAAAGAACUGCGAACACAGAGGCCUUACUCUAUUCAGAAUGAAUUUCAAUAUAUAUAUGUACAUCGCGUACUGUUGGCAUAUUUUCUGGAGAAGUACCGUGAUCGCUUCGCUCAUAUUCUGAGUGGUGAUGGAGAAGCGAAAUAUGCAAAAUGGCUUGAAGAUUACAAAAUUGCAACUGGUUGCAACUAA